AAAUGUUUAAUUUAAGCACGAAUAAACCAAGUCAAAAAACCAAUAUUCAGCGAAAUGAUUAACCAUCAUUACUAAAUAAAAUAAAAUCUAUUGGACGGAAUUCAAUUUUUAUGUGAAGCUUACUAUUUUCUCUAUGAGGGCUAAAGGGCCGAUUUUUGAUUUAACUAUCAGAAAAUUAGACAUUUUAAUAGAAAAUACCAUAAAAAUUUAAACGCUUAUAGCAAAAAGGUUGAAAACAAAUAAAAAAUCGGUCUUUUAGUCCCCGUAGAGAAGAUGUUAUACUUAAUAACAAAAAAACAACAUUUGAAAUCGGUUCGGUAGACACUUUAGAAAGUGAGCUCUCGUUUUGGUUUUUAAUUACAUGACGUUUGAUAAUAAUUUAAUAAUGUUCUAAUUAAAAAAAAAAACGCUCUACUUGUUUAAAUACAUAUUUUAAUUUAUUAUCUUAACCGCCAGAUUAAAAUUGAUUAUUCCAUGUCUUUUAAAUUUUUUAUCCAUGGGAUUCUCAGCGUUUCUCUCUAUCUUUUUCUAUUAAUCCCUGCGACAGUAUAAGUAGGCCAGUAUACUUCAAGGUUGUCACCUUGAAUAUACCUGUGGUAUAUGUACUAAGCAAGGAAUGUGGUGACAGUGGAAUGUGGUUGUGAGAGUCGCCGUCAAUAUGUCCCUUGUUAUUGUCCCACCAUGGCUUACAUGUUUUUAUAAAGAACAUAAGGCUACCUGUGUCAUUGUGAUUUUCUACCUCUUGGCUGUUGCUUGGUGUCUAAAUUCGUAAAAUCAAAUCCUUGUCGAGAAAGUGUACUCAAAUAAGCAUUCAUUGUAAAUUGUAAUUGUGUAAUAUUUUUAUAAUUAAAGAAGGGAGAAACUAGCUAAGAAUUAAAAUGGAUGAUUUUAACCGCGGUAUCGUGAUCAAAAUAGAGGAAGAAGAUGAGGAUACGACAGAACAAUUUACGGCAGAAAAUAUUGACGGAGAUGAAUAUAGACUUAAUGAAAUAGGAGACGAGACAAGAAUUAAAAAUAAAGAAUGUGAGACUGAUGAUAAUCACUACAAGUCCACUUUUGAUGUUGUAGAAAAUAGUGAACAACAAAAAACGAACAAUGGGAAUGCAUACAAUGCCGGAGAAAUGUGCAACGAAACAAUGGUCAAAGUCGAAGUGGACCUAGUGAAUGGACUUUAUUUUGAGUCUGUGAUUGAAGUUGAAAAAAAUAGUCUCAUGGAUGAGAUACAGUCAUUUGUAUGCGAUGUAUGUAAAAAGUUAUUUUCUUCAAAAAAGAAAGUUGCCGACACAUUACACAUUCACAUAGUGCACAACUAUUAACCCAGAAAAGCAUUGGAAAACAAGUCGUUGAAAGUACUGUUGUUACUAUUGGUGAUAGCCGUACGAGAAAUGAAGGCAAUAAACAAACAGCAUCGAAGUAUAGCAAAGAAGAUAUAAAAAAACGGCCUUUAUUCCAAUGUAAUUUAUGUCAAAUGUCGUAUAA